CCAUUCUUACAGGACAUUGUUCUCUCUGUUGGAGGCUGGAACUUUGCCAUAUGGAAAGAAGGUGUAACUAGUGGGCCAAUUCUCCAGUCAUGUUGCUCUGAGAAGAGGUACACUGCGGCCCACUGGUCCCUUUCCAGGAGUGGUGUCUUCUUCAUUGGAAAGGAAGAUGGAAAUGUGGAGAUAUGGGACCUGCUAGAGAAGACACAUGAGCCUUCCCAGACACAGAACAUCUCAGCAGCGGCCAUCACCUAUAUUAAACCAUGGAUUGUCUCUGCCAAGCAGCAUUUCCUGGCCCUGGCAGACGACAGCGGGACCCUGCAUGUUCUAGAAAUCCCCUGGACCCUCCACCACCCCUCUGCUAAUGAGAUCACUGGCAUACAGCAUUUCUUUGAGAGGGAAGUGAAACACCUGGAAUACUACGAACAGCGAAAAGCCUUCCGAGCCUCAGAGAAGAGAUCACUGGAGCUGAAGGAGCUGAGCAAAAAAAAAUGAAACUGCUCAACCAGUCAAGACGAAGGAACAACUCGAGGAGGUGAUCAGCAACGAGUAUGCUACGUAUUUGGCCUUUGAGAACACCAUCCUCAUAGGACUUGGUGUUAGGAAAGAAACUGAA